CGUGCAGUUCAAGGAUAAUGAAUUCCUUUCUUCUCUUCUCCGAGUCCCAUGAGGAGUCCUAUACACAUAUUUGGAAGUCCUCUCGAUCUCUUGUAAUUAUUAUUAUCAUCGAAUUAAAAAAGCAAAAAGAGAAAUAAUUUGCGUGCAAUAAUAAUAAUAAUAAUAUAAUGGAGGAUUCAUCAUGGGAAGGCAAUUUGUAUGUGAGCAACGAGCUGUUGUACGAGAUUAUGGUUAGGUCUUCUUUGACAACGAUGGACAAGUGCAAGGCCGUGAGCAAGGAGGUGAGGGACCUGAUCCACGACACGUGGUUCGUCCGGAACUACUACCGCACCACGAAGAACAUCCUCGGCUACUUCGUGCAGACGAUCCAAAACCAUUCCUCAGUCUCCACCUUCGUGUCCGUUGACGACGACGAUGACGACGAGUCGCCUCUGAGGGCCCCACGCGUAUCCAUGUCGUCUUUUGUCAAAGACGACAUGAAGAUACUGGCGUCGUCCAGCCAGGGGCUUCUGUGCUGCAGGAGGUACGAGAGCGGGACCUACCGUUAUUACAUCUGCAAGCCGAGCACGGGGCAGAUUGUGCUUCUCCCUAGCCCUAUGAAGAGGCUAGGGAGCUUCCACGAACACGUCAGUUUGGUUGUCGUGAAAUCCAACCCCCUUCACUACCGAAUCAUCCGAUACUAUCCUGAUCGCCAUUUAUCGCCAUCUAGAUACGAUAGCUACGUGUGCGAAAUUUUUGACUCGAAGAUAUGGACGUGGAGGCCAGCAGAAAAUCUUGUGACGGAAUACAACACGAUCUUUGAAAACCAGCCGUCGGUUUGCAUAGGCGAGGCUGCCUAUUUGCUGACGAACAAAGACACGGUCGUGGCCUUCGACUCGUCGCGGGAGACCCACGCAGAGUUCGGCAUACCAGAACCGGCACGCGGCGAAGGCAACGGGUGCAGCGUGAGGCAAAUCGUGGAGCACAAUGGGAAGCUGGGGCUGACUUCACGGGAGCGAAACUCGGACAGGCUGUUCCUGUGGGUGUUGGAGGAUGGGAAGAGGUGCAGGUGGAGGGAGGAGAGGGAGGUAGAGAUUCAUGAGGAUGAGGGCAGGUUGGUGGGGUGUGGGCUUGCUGACACGGCGUUGAUGGUCGGGUACGAGCUUCAAGUUUACAGGCAGAGCGGCUUUUGUUAUCCUUUUAAACCUAUUACCGCUAUCUUCCCCUUCCGGUCGGAUUGGGAGGCUGUGAAUCUUGAAGGAGAGGAGGGAUGCAUGCUGAGCUCUUUGGAAGAGAUGAUGAUGUGCUAAUCCAGCUCCAUGUUCUUCAUGUGAAAGCUCUGUCUAAGUGAAUGUUUUAACACCCUAGCACAAUGUACUACUAGUAGCCAAUUCUCCUGCUCAAAAGACUAGUUUCUGGUGUUUUUUUUUAAGAAUCUGUGAUUGGUUGAUUUGACAAGUGAUCCAAAGUCUUUAUUCACACACUUGAAAGUUUGUUUGUACACACUAUCUGUUCUGCUUUACUACAUGUCACUGCAAUAUAUGUAAUCCUUGUGG